AUGCGCACGGAAGAACUUCUUAAGAUUGAGCCUCCAGUGCUUACUUUCCAAUUUGAGCUGAAUAAGCAAGCAUCUUGUUCAAUUCGGUUGUCAAAUAAGACCCAAAAACAUGUUGCUUUUAAGGUUAAGACAACUAAUCCUACAAAUUUCGAGUUUGCGUGUUUUGCAGUAACAAUGCAAAGCCAGAAGGAGGCUCCUCCUAGCAUGCAAUGUAAAGACAAGUUUCAGAUUCAGAGUGCAGUAGCAAGUUCUGGCGCAACCAUCGAAGACGUUAGAAGAUUGUUCAAUGAGGAAGGACAUCCUAUUCAAAAGUGCAAACUGGAAGUGGUUUACAAUAUCGUGCCCCAAAUUCCAUCAUCCGUUCCCGUUGGAUCAACAAGAGUGAGGAAGCUUCUUGAUGUCAAACCGUCAGAGCUCCAAUUUCUGUUUGAACUGAAUAAGGAGCUCUCUUGUUCGUUUCAGUUGUCAAAUGUAACUGAGAAUCGCGUUGCUUUCAAGGUCGAGACUACGAAUACGAAGAAGUAUUGUGUUAUACCAAUGAAGGGGUUUGUUUUGCCUCGAUCAACUUGUGAUAUUACAGUGAAAAUGCAAGCACAGAAUGAGUUUCCUGAUGCAAAAUGCAGUGAUAAGUUUCUAAUUCAGAGUACAGUUGCAAAUUCUGCUGCAACCACAAAAGACAUCACUGUGGACAUGUUCAAUAAGGCUGAAGAGUGCAAACUUCGAGUGGAGUACGUAUUCCAGCCACAUCCACCAUCAAGGAUGUCAGUUACAUCAGAGGAAGGUUCUUUACGGAAUGUAUCAACCGUGGAAGCCAGAAAUUUAAAUAAUCCCGAGGUUGUACCUGGGCAUGACAGAAACGUAAAUAAUGGAGGUGAUAUAAUCUUGGGCUUAAUAAUCAUUGGCUUGUUUGGCAUAGUUAUCUGGUACAUCAUGAAAAUGGCCAUGCCGCUCAUCGGGUAUUCAUCUUUUGUUUUAUACAUAUGCUCGCUACAAUAUUUCAUAACAAGAAUUAUGUCUUAUACUUGA